GAGUAGUGCGUUCAAACGACAAUGUCACCGUCGUCUUGAAAAUAAUAUAUCUUCAUAUCGGAGAAACUCAGAGGAUAUCUCUCGACAGGCCAACUAGGCUACAGUACGGCUCGAUGUUCAAAAUAUCCUAGGCGGCAUCUUGGCGCUUACGCCAGAUCCAAAGCUCGAUUGCUCCAAAGCUUCAUUGUUCAAACAUCAUCAGAAUUAACAUCACAGCCAACUAAACAUCAUCCAGAAAUUCCACACCUCCCAAACCACCACCUCUCCCCAAGCACCCACCAUGGCCCUCUCCCCCGUCCUCCGCAUCCUCCCCACAAUCUUCGGAACCAUCUUCAUCAGCUUCGGCCUCAACGCCGUACUCCGACCCUUCCACGCCCUCACAUUCUACCAAUCCCUUUCCCCUUCGCACCCCCAAACCCUUUCCGACGCCGCCCUCGUCGAAGCGCUCAUGACCAUCUACGGCGCACGAGAUAUCUUCAUGGGUCUCGCCAUGUAUGCCGCUUCCUAUUAUCGCAAUUACAAAACACUAGGGUGGAUCGUGCUUGCUGGGAGUGGUGUGGCGUUCGUGGAUGGUUGGGUUUGUUGGAGGGCUGGAGGGGGACAGGGUGAUCAUUGGGGUUAUGCUCCUGUGCAUGCGGUUGUUGGGAUGCUGCUGGUUUGGGGAUAUUGAGUAUGAUAUAAGGUGUUAAGUCGCUCCCCGAAUUUGGAUUGUUCAGUUGAUCCGAGACAUUCAAACGAUAUGUUUGUUUCGAAUCGAUUGAUCUUUAGAUCUUUUAUGGAUUGUCCUGAAUGAAUUGAGAAUUGAGGGCUGCAAAAUCAUCACCAUGCCGUUGAUUCAACUGUCAAGUGUGGACAUUCAGCUUGCAUCUUUUGCUUUUUAACCCGCAAAGAAAAACUGUCGCAUUCAAACACAUGUGGACGUAUCACUCUCUAUGAAUCCUUUUAAUUCAAUAUACAAUGGUCUGUAGCGAAGGUUGGUAGAGUUGCUACUUUGAUGCUCAGCACGUCGUUCUUUCCGAACAUAUGACAGUCUCCAAAGCUCUUUGAUUCUUUUUUAACAUUUCCAACCCUACCAAGAUUCCAAGUAAGUUCACAAUACCGACAGCAAAAAUAAAGCCUCCAUACUCAUCCUUAUCCCUCCUAGUAUACCACUGCGCUCCCACCACUACACUGGCUUCCGGGACAACAGCAAUCACAGCUCGUCUGUCGUUGAUACUCGUGCUUCUUUCUUGCAGGUCCCUUUGCAUAAUACAGUCAAAAUCCUAGA